UCGAUGUCCGCUGACCACAGCGUGGCCAAGAGCCUGAACUGCAGCGUGCGGCUGGUCCGCCUUGAGGAGCUGACUGGGCAUCAGGGCGGCCGCAAGGGCCGGCCCGGUGUCUUGUGUGGAAAGGUUAUUCCCAACAAUGCCAAUAUGAUCGUCCACAUGAGGACUCACUCCGGCGAGAAGCCCUACAGGUGUGACCGAUGCAUGAAGUGCUUCAGUCACAAAGGCAAACUGAAUAAACAUGUAAUGACUCACUCUGGGGAGAAGCCCUACAAGUGUGACCAAUGCACGGAGCGCUUCAGUCGGACAGGCACCCUGAAGAUCCACCUGAGGACUCACUCCGGGGAGAAGCCCUACAAGUGUGACCAAUGCACGAAGCGCUUCCGUCGGACAAGCCACCUGAAGAUCCACCUGAGGACUCACUCCGGCGAGAAGCCCUACAAGUGUGACCAAUGCCCGAAGCGCUUCAGUCAGAAUAACAUCCUGAAGAACCACAUGAGGACUCACUCCGGGGAGAAGCCCUACAAGUGUGACCAAUGCACGAAGCGCUUCCGUCGGACAAGCAUUCUGAAGAGCCACACGAUGACUCACUCCGGUGAGAAGCCCUACAAGUGUGACCAAUGCAUGAAGGGCUUCAGUCAGACAAGCCACCUGAAGAUCCACCUGAGGACCCACUCCGGUGAGAAGCCCUACAAUUGUGACCAAUGCACGAAGCGCUUCAGUCAGUCAGGCACCCUGAAGAUCCACCUGAGGACUCACUCCGGGGAGAAGCCCUACAAGUGUGACCAAUGCACGAAGCGCUUCAGUCGGACAAGCCACCUGAAGAUCCACCUGAGGACUCACUCCGGCGAGAAGCCCUACAAGUGUGACCAAUGCCCGUAGCGCUUCAGUCAGAAUAACAACCUGAAGAACCACAUGAGGACUCACUCCGGGGAGAAGCCCUACAAGUGUGACCAAUGUACGAAGCCCUUCCGUCGGACAAGCAUUCUGAAGAGCCACAUGAAGACUCACUCCGGUGAGAAGCCCUACAAGUGUGACCAA